AUGAAUUAUUGCUUAUUGCUGCCUUUUAUGUUGGGAAUUCCUCUCCUAUGCUCUUGCUUUACGGCAACAGAAAUCUCUCAAACCAAGAAAGUUAAACACACAGUGCAUUCUCAUUCGAGAGCAAAGCGUGGUUGGAUGUGGAACCAGUUUUUUGUACCAGAGGAGAUGAAUAAGACUAAUUAUCACAUCGGCCAGCUAAGAUCUGAUUUAGACAAUGGAAACAACUCUUUCCAGUACAGGCUUUUGGGCGCUGGAGCUGAACGCAUUUUUGUCAUCGAUGAGAGAACAGGUGACAUAUAUGCCGUCCAGAAGCUUGAUAGAGAGGAACAGUCCCUCUACACUCUAAGGGCCCAGGUAAUAGACAGCAGUACUGGAAAGGCUGUGGAACCCGAGUCUGAGUUUGUCAUCAGAGUGUCGGAUAUCAAUGACAAUGAACCAAAAUUCCUAGAUGAACCUUAUGAGGCCAUUGUACCCGAGAUGUCUCCAGAAGGAACAUUAGUCAUCCAGGUGACAGCAAAUGACGCUGAUGAUCCUUCCAGUGGCAACAAUGCUCGUCUCCUAUACAGUUUAUUACAAGGCCAGCCCUAUUUCUCCAUUGAACCAACAACAGGCGUCAUAAGAAUAUCUUCUAAAAUGGAUAGAGAACUGCAAGAUGAGUAUUGGGUAAUUAUUCAAGCCAAAGAUAUGAUUGGUCAGCCUGGAGCACUGUCUGGAACAACAAGUGUAUUAAUUAAACUAUCUGAUGUUAACGACAAUAAACCUAUAUUUAAGGAAAGUUUGUACCGUUUAACUGUCUCUGAAUCUGCACCCACUGGGACUUCUAUAGGAAAAAUCAUGGCAUAUGAUAAUGACAUUGGAGAGAAUGCAGAAAUGGAUUACAGCAUUGAAGAUGAUUCCCAAACAUUUGACAUAAUUACUAAUAAUGAGACACAAGAAGGAAUAGUGAUAUUAAAAAAGAAAGUGGAUUUUGAGCACCAGAAUGACUAUCGUAUUAGAGCAAGAGUUAGAAACCGCCAUGUUGAUGAGCGGCUCAUGAAGUACCAUGUUGAAGCUUCCACCACCCUCAUUAAGGUCCAGGUGGAAGACGAAGAUGAACCUCCUGUUUUCCUCCUCCCAUAUUACCUAUUUGAAAUCUUCGAAGGAAGACCGCAUGGAUCAUUUGUAGGCAUGGUCUCUGCCACAGAUCCAGAUCAGAAGAACUCUCCUAUCAGGUAUUCUAUUACGAGAAGUAAACUGUUCAGUACUGAUGACAAUGGCACAAUCAUCACAACCAGUGUUCUUGACCGAGAGAUCAGCGCUUGGUACAACCUAAGUGUUACAGCCACGGAGAAAUACAAUGCGCAACAAAUUUCUGCAGUCCCUGUGUAUGUGCAAGUUCUUAAUGUUAAUGAUCAUGCUCCUGAGUUCUCUGAAUAUUAUGACACAUAUGUUUGUGAAAAUGCAGGCUCCGGUCAGUCAAUUCAGACCAUCAGUGCAGUGGAUAGAGAUGAAUCCAUAGAAGAUCACCAUUUUUACUUUAAUCUGUCUGUGGAAGACACAAAAAACUCAAGUUUUAUAGUCAUAGAUAAUCAAGAUAACACAGCUGUAAUUUUGACUAAUAGAACCGGUUUUAGCCUUCAAGAAGAGCCUGUCUUCUACUUAUUGGUCCUAAUCGCUGACAACGGAAUCCCAUCACUUACAAGUACAAACACCCUCACCAUCCAGGUCUGUGACUGUGAGGACUAUGGGAGUACAGAAAUCUGCAGGAAUAAAAGCCGUAUGCUUUCCAUGGGGUUCAGAACAGAAGUCACACUUGCUAUUUUAAUAAGCGUUAUGAUAAUAUUUGGGUUUAUUUUUUUGAUCCUAGGUCUAAAACAGCGGAGAAAGCAGACUCUGUUUCCUGAGAAAGGGGAAGAUUUCAGAGAGAAUAUAUUCAGAUAUGACGACGAAGGGGGAGGAGAAGAAGACACAGAGGCUUUUGAUAUCGUAGAGCUGAGAAGCAGCACCAUCGUGCGGGAGCGAAAGGCCCGGAACAGCGCGGCUGCGGAGAUCAGGAGCCUGUACAGGCAGUCUCUGCAGGUUGGCCCGGACAGUGCCAUUUUCAGGAAAUUCAUUCUGGAAAAGCUCGAAGAGGCGAAUACUGAUCCUUGUGCUCCGCCUUUUGACUCCCUUCAGACCUACGCUUUUGAGGGAUCAGGGUCAUCAGCUGGAUCCCUGAGCUCCUUAGGAUCGGCAGCCUCUGAUCAGGAUGAAUAUUAUGAUUACCUUAAUGAGUUGGGACCUCGCUUUAAAAGAUUAGCUUGCAUGUUUGGUUCUGCUACACAGGCAAAUAAUUAGGGCUCUUGUAUUAUUAAAUUUUGUUUUAAAAAAAUGCUAAACUGUGUUUGGGCAAACUGGUAGUCACUUGGUAGAGUGAUAAUAAUACAACUGUAUUAUCUGGGAGGAAAUAUAUAUAUAUACACAUGUAUAACAUCUUCUGAGUUCCUUGGAUUAAAUGCCCCUCGGUUAUUCAAGCUACCCGCAAGUUGUAGUGAAUACAGAUACGGAGUGAUGUUAACAACACAAAUCUCUGAAAUAUUCCUCUAGCAUUUUUUUACUACCAUCCAAUACAAAUUCUAACAUUUUUUAAUAUUUAAUGUAAGAAAGGCCCUGAACUACAUCAACUAUUAGUUCAUUCAUCCAUUUUUUAAAAAAAAUCUACCGAAUGAGAGUAAAGUGUAUUUUAAGUUCCAAUGCUAUAUAGCUCUAUGGAUAUAAACACUUAGGAGAAUCUGGGUGAUUCUAUAAAACUUUUAGAAACUGUUUCUUUUUUAUGAAUAUGCAAGUUCCUGACUGAGAGUCUAUGAUGCACUGUAGUUUGAUAUUUUAAAAUCAUUGUCAAGCCUGCAAUUGAAAACCGAUCUCAAAUUUAGACAGAUACUUGGUAUGGGUUAAUAAUCAAAGAUAAGUGUAGAUUUGUAUUCUUUGAUAUUACAGAUUUGUAUAGAAAAGGGGGCAUGAAAAAUGUUUGGGGGUUUUUUAUAAGUUAUUUUUAUAUGCAACCAAAAUAGAUCUUUAGAAUGUCACAAUACAAUAACAAAAUAUAUGUCAACGUUUACUCAACAUCCAAUUUAAACUUCUUAUAAUUGUGGAAAGUGUGAAAAUUUUUAAGUACAUUUUUAUUGCUACUAAAAAUGAUAGCAAGAGCUGAAAGGAGUAUUUGAUUCAAAGUUGAAUUAAUAUUCAUCCAAAAUAUUAUGAUCAACUGUACUGAUUCUCACCAUGCAUAGAAUAAAACAUGAUAAGAUUCUCAGCAUUCCUUUUCUAUUAAGAGCUUAGACUAUAACCGGUUCUUUAGUGUCAUAUUUUAAUUUUAAAAUAUAACAUUAGUAAUAAUUUUAAUAAUAAGCAAUAGUUACUUUUAUUAUAACAUUAUGAAGGAAGUAUGGUAAGCUUCUAGGCAUGGCUAAAUCCAUGGUAACAUCCAGAUAACAAGCUUUAUGAUAACAUCAGAUAAUAAGGUAAUAAAACACUUUAAAUUUAAUGACCAUUUUAAGAAUGAUCCUUAUUAUUCUAUCCAAGUGAAGAUGGAAUUCAAAACUCAUAGGUUGAACAGAAAGAAAAGGGUGAAUACAAUGUCCUCAAAAUUGCUUUAUAUCUUCAUUUUUUAUUAACAGCAUGUGAAAAAGAAUGGCACCAAAUUGACCAUAUAUGAUUAAAUAAAAUAUUUUGAAUAAUUUACAGCUGAAAACA